ACUUAAUUAUAUAAGUGACCUAAUCAAGUUAAGCUUUAAAAAUGGCAAGGAAAAAUGAUAAUAUCAAAACCAUCAAUGUUGCCGUUGUUGGUCUUUCUGGCACUGAGAAAGAUAAAGGGCAAGUUGGUGUUGGCAAAUCAUGUCUAUGUAAUCGUUUCAUGCGUUCUUUGAACGAUGAUUAUAGUGUGGACCAUAUAUCAGUGUUAUCACAGUCAGAUUUUAGUGGUCGGGUGGUAAAUAAUGAUCAUUUCCUAUAUUGGGGUGAAGUUACAAAAACAGCAGAGGAUGGAUCAGAAUAUCAGUUUCAAGUAAUAGAACAUACAGAAUUUAUAGAUGAUGCAUCUUUUCAGCCUUUUAAGGGUGGUAAAAUGGAACCUUAUGCAAAAAGAUGUGCAGCUACAAAAAUUACUAGUGCAGAAAAGCUUAUGUAUAUUUGCAAAAAUCAAUUAGGCAUAGAAAAAGAAUAUGAACAAAAAGUUUUACCAGAUGGUAAAUUAAAUAUUGAUGGUUUCUUAUGUGUAUUUGAUGUAAGUGUUGUACCAAAUAGAUCUGUAGAAAAACAGGUUGAAAUAGUAGCAAAUAUAUUGAAUGGUUUAAUGAAAACUAAAAAACCAAUAGUUUUGGUAACAACUAAAAAUGAUGAUGCUAAUGAACAAUAUGUAAAAGAAGCUGAAAAAUUAGUGAUGCGUAAAGAAUACAAAAGUUCCAUUUUAAUAGUUGAAACAUCUGCACAUGAAAAUAUUAAUAUUGAUUUGGCAUUUAUGAUUUUGGCUCAGUUAAUUGAUAAAACCAAAAUGCGAAGUAAGGUAACGCCAUUUGCGGAAGCGGCCAGAGCCAGAAAAGAAUUAUUAGAUGCAUCAACUGAAUCUUUACAAAGAUUGAUUCGAAUACAUGUUACUGAUUAUAGAGCAUUAUGGUCCCAGGCAUCCAAAAAAUUAGCUCAACACAAAGAAUUCUCAACAUUUGUGGAACUGUUUGGUAUUGAUGCAACCCAAAGAUUAUUUAGGAGACAUAUUAAAAAAUUGAAAGAUGAGCAAGUGGCAAAGAAGAUUCAGGGAUAUUUAGAUAUGUUACCUGACAUUCUUCAUGAAAUAUGUCCUGAUGUAACAAACUUGAUUAAUGAAGAAUGGUCUGCUGUGCAACAAUAUAUAAAGGAACAUCCCGAUUUUCAUCAGUUUUUCUAUGAAUGUCCAGAGGAUAUCCCAUGGAUUGAUUGUGAUUUUGGUGAGAAUAAUGGAACGAAGAUUCCUUAUGAUGUUCUAGAAACACCAGAAGCUGAAACUGUUUUCAAAAAUCACAUAAAUGUAUUACAACAAGAACAACGGCGAUUAGAACUUCCUAAAAGAUGGAAAAAGCAGUUUAAACAGUUAUUGGAAGAGACUGGGUAUGUUACACCUGGAAAACAUUUAUCUGAAGUUAGAGUGCUUUUUAUGGGUAGAGAAUGCUUUGAAGCUCUUUCUCAUCAUGAUUGUCAAGAAAUAUAUGAUCAACAUCAAAAGGAAAUUAUUGAAAAAGCAAAACAUAAUUUCCAAGAACUGUUAUUAGAACAUGCUGAUUUGUUCUAUCACUUUAAAAGUAUAGCGCCAUCUGGUACUAUAACACAAGAUGAUAUUAAAGAAAUAACAGAUGCAUUGGUGGAUGAUUUUAGGUAUAAAGCUUUAGAUAGGUUAGAUCAAGAUAGAAAAUUAAUGCUUUUCCAACAUUUGGGUUUUGUACAUUGUCCUAUAAGGGAACAUUGUCCAGCUUAUCCAAAUUGUAUGGAUGCACUUAUAGAACGAAUACUUGGAACAAAAGCUCACAGACCUUCUUCAUGGAAUCACAGUAGUCAAUGGCAAUUAACAUCUGAUAACAAUCAAUUAAAUUUAGUUAUACUUGGAAGCAAUGGUCUUGGUGAAGAAUUUGCACGUGAAAUAAGAGCACAAACAGAAGAUGAUGAAGUAGAAAUUGAUUGCCAGUUAUAUACACUUGGAUAUCGAAUAAUCGAUGGUGACGUUGGACUACCGCAUAAUUCAUUUACUACUUCUGACUUUAUGCCUCAUGGAUCAUUCUGUAUUUACGCAAACGAAGAUUCGUUUGAAUAUAUUCGAUCUUCUUUAGAGAAGACUUUAUUAUCAAAUCUAGAACAAGAAGAUAGGUUACCAUUUCAAGGAUUGCCUAUUGUUAUUAUGUUUGUGCCAGAAUCAGCUAUAGACGAAAUGGAGGCAAUGCGACUUAGGAAAGAGGGUCAGAAUCUUGCUGAUAGUUUACAGUGUCCAUUCAUUGAUGUCUGUAUAGAGGAUUUAGAGCAAGAUAAAAGGUUUCCUACUCCACUUGUGAAAGAUGCAUUACAGCAACUUAUACAAUCUAUAAAUCACAGAGCUGGUUUUCUAAAUAUUUACCAAAGUGUUAUUGAAUGUUUGGAACCAGACAUCAGGAUAAUAAUGUGUAUGUUCUGUGGGGAUCCAUAUUCAGUGGAAAAUGUACUUGGUCCUUUACUCAAUCAUCAGUGUUGUUUUCUUAGUGGCGAUCGUUCGAUUGUUUUAGAAACAUUUCUAGGAGAAUCAAAACGGAGGGUUGAAGUUAUUAUUUCAAGUUUUCAUGGGGCAAAUGCAUUUAGAGAUGAGUUGGUACAUGGUUUCAUAUUGGUUUAUUCGACAAAAAGGAAAGCAUCACUCGCAACUCUUAACGCAUUUUCUAUGAAUAUACCAAACUUACCAAUACAAAUCAUGGCUGUGACUGACACUGGAGGUGCUAAUGCUUUCUUCAGUAAUGACUUAAGUCAUUUACUUAUUACGGAAGGAAAUGCAAUUGCGGAUAAAUUACAAGCACAUUUUAUGACCUCAGCAUCUAGCUGCCAACAGAAAACGGCAUUCUAUACGCCAUUUUUCAAAGAGGUAUGGGAGAAAAAACCCGAAAUCGAGCAAGCAUUUAAUAUGGAAGAACCAGGUAAUUUGAAUGAUAGUGGUGAAGGAACUUUAGAAUAUUCUGCAUUACAUCCUAUGCCACCACCACGACAUGAAAGUUAUCAUCUUCAAACACCAGAUGAUGGUAUGUCUGUAACUUUCAGAAGCGGUUCUGAAUCAUAUGAGCAAUUAACUCCAGAUGGUGAUCUUGGAGAUACCGUAUUAAAUGAACAGUUUGCAGACAAUAGAGCUACACCAAGUGAUGACAGUGAUAUUUAUAGUCAAGUAGAUUUUUAUAGAGAAGAAAGAGAAAGAGAUUUGCUAAAACCAGGAGAUAUUACAAAUAAAUUAUCCGGUUGGAUGAAGGAUACAUUUAUGCAUCAAGAUGGAGUAACUAAUAGUUACCCUCAUAGAGCUUUUACAACAGGUAGAUGCCAUAUUUCCCAGGCAAAACCACGACCAAAAGGAAAUAGCCAAACUUUAAAGCAGCCUGGUAAAAUAAAUUUAAAAGAUUUUUCAAACGUAACAGAUGCUAUAGCUAGAAUGACAGUAGGUGAAAAGGACGAACAUGGUCCUAAAAUGGCUAUGGGUCAUGCUCCUCUCGCUACACCUGAAUUAGUAGAUCUAGGUUCCGAAUAUGCACAAGUUAAAGACGUUGUACCGAAUCUAUAUCCUUCUUAUGAUGGUGAUUAUAUGUAUGCUUCAGUACAAGAUUCUAUCGGAAAUAAUAAACCUAAGUUACGCCAUAGACGUGAAAAAGGACAACCCUCAUAUAGUGAUUCUGAUUCUGAAUGGAGUUCUUUGGAAAGACAAAGGGGGGUUGCUGAUGUUUUGGGUAAAAUAAACAAAAAACCACAAUCUCAUAAGAGGAUACGAAAAAAACGUACGGCUAUACCUGUAGCUGCACCUAAAGUUCCAUCUUUGGCUAGUAUGGGAAGUGGAGAUGGUAUUGGUGGGUUGAAUUAUAAUGCCAAAGAGGAUAAAAAUUGGCGAAUAAAUCUUACAGAAAGAGUGUCCAGUGAAACUCCAGAUUCCUCCGAAUCUAGUGACCCAGAACAUACUUCCAGAUCAAGAGCAAAACAAUAUAAGCAUGCUGCUGCUAGUCUACGAAAAAGAUUUGGAAAUUCAUUACCACAGCAACAUCUACCAGCAUCAUUGCAACAUCCUUAUAAUGUGAAACAUAUGACUCAAGAGAUGUUUAGUGCUUCCUUGAAACAAAGGGGUGACAUUACCUUUGGCAACAUUCCAGAUGAUGAAUCCAGUCUAGAUGUUUCAUCUCCACGAGAAAUUAAUUCUCCUAGUGUCAAGGAUGGUGAUAAGUUAAACAGAAAAAAGGAUAAGCAAAAAGCAAAAGAAGACGAAAAGUUAGAGAAGCGUCGACAAAAAGAAGAAAAGCUUAAAAAACACGCAGAGAAAGAAAAGGAAAGAGAAAAAAAGAAGCAAGAAAAAAUAAAACAAACUAAAGGUCCUAGUUCAACAUUAAGUAUGAGUCAAGUCCAACAACCAUUAAUUGAAGAUUUUGCACAGAGUGAAACAAAUCGAAUACCUCUCUUUCUUGAAAAAUGCGUGCGAUUUAUUGAAGAUGAAGGACUAGAUUCUGAAGGUAUAUAUAGGGUUCCUGGAAAUAGAGCACACGUUGAACUUCUCUUUCAAAAAUUUGAAGAGGACGGAAACGUGGACAUACAUUCGUUGGAUAUACCUGUAAAUGCUGUUGCUACUGCUUUGAAAGAUUUCUUUUCAAAGAGGCUACCGCCAUUAAUUGAUAAAGAACGAAUGAGUGAAUUUGAAGAUAUUUCAGGUGCUCGCGGUAUUAGCAAACCGAUGUCCGCGACAUGUAUGAAUAUGGAAGAUCGAAGCUGUAGAUUAUUGGCACUACGUUUAAUGCUCAAGAAGUUGAAUCCAGUUAAUUUCGAUGUACUUAAAUUUAUUUUUCAUCAUUUUGUAAAAGUGGCUGAAAACUGUAAACUAAAUAGUAUGGACAGUAAAAAUUUGGCAAUUUGCUGGUGGCCUACUUUAUUACCUAUAGAAUUUAACGAUCUUGGCAGAUUUGAAGCAGUGAGACCAUACUUAGAAGAUGUUGUUCAAACGAUGAUAGAUCAAUAUCCUUUCCUGUUUUGUGGCGAAGAAGCUAUCGUAAUGGUGUAGUGACAGACUACAUUAUUUCGCAUCGUACAAUUAGAACUUGUACGAGUAAUAGGAAAUAAUUAUACGUCGAUAUGAUGCGUAUUAUUUCCGUAAUAUUUAGUCCUUACGAUCAUGAGUAACGAUUGGUCUCACUAUGUUUAUAUAUCAUGAUUUCAUCGUAGUGUAUUCGAGCUACGACUAGAAUAAUUCUCGUGACGCGAAAGAGACCGAACAAAUUAAUUUAAGUUUACGUACUCGUUCCAUUGCGAAGUAUGACUGACGGAGUGAUAGAUUAAUGGUCCUAAUGAUGGCUGUUUGCAGGCUCGAUAAUAAUGCGAAUAAUAAAAAGUCAAUCCAUGUGUCAUAACAGUAUGCAUGUAUCAUGUUGGAUGUAUUCAGAGCGAUGUAUUUAUUAACAUGUAUUUAGAUGUAAGUUUCGAUAUUUGAUAUUAUCGACUACUCGUAGUAAGCUCGAUGUUGCUUUUUUAUCCGAUUUUUCGUUUUUUCCCUUUUCUGUUUUUACAUUUUUCUAUAGAUAAGAAAUCUGUUUAUUGUAUGCAACGUGCAUGUGUAUGUAUGAGUGAGAGAGAGAAGGAAAGAUAAACAGCGAGAGAAAGGGAAAUG